AUGCGACACCAGCGCCGUACUUUCAUCUCGACACCUCACCCAUGGCGGCGGACACCAGACAAACCUGCCGCUUUACCUUCACCUCCACGCAACUCUCCUCCUCCACUCCAUCCAUCCCUCCUUGGCCUCCUGGUUCUCCUGGCCUCCCUGUGUUUGCUCCCCCACCCGGCUCAGGCAGCCUGGUAUAAGGUUGGCGUGGUGGGACCGUGGGGAUGCGACCCUCUGUUCGCCAAGGCCCUUCCCAGCGUGGCGGCGCAGCUCGCCGUCAACCGCAUCAACAGGGACCCGUCUCUGUCCUACGCUGCCACGUUUGAUUUCACUGUGCUGCAGGAGCCAUGCGAGACGUCAAGAGCGCUGGAGGCGUUCAUGGGUUUCCACACCAAGGCCUCUGGGUACAUUGGGCCGGUCAACCCCGGCUACUGUGACGCUGCAUCAAUGCUGAGCAAAGGCUGGAACAAAGCUUUGUUUCCUUGGGGUUGUGUUGGCUAUGACCUGGACGACGUUCGGAGCCACCCGACCUUUGCUCGUUCCAUGGCGAGGCCCACGUGGGUGCUGCUCAACAUCAUGCAUUACUUCAGGUGGGCGCACGUCGGCAUCAUCUCCUCUUCAGACGGCAUCUGGAUGGAGACGGCCACCAAGGUCGCUGAUUCGUUGAGAAGCCACGGUCUGCCGGUGCGACUGGUCACUUUCAUGGAGAACACACCUCACGGCAUCAGACGAACUCUGGCCAAGGUUCGCAAGAUGAGCGAGAUACGAGUUGUGAUCCUGUGCAUGCACUCGGCGCUGAUCGGCGGCUCAGUCCAGAAGCUCCUGUUGGAGACGGCCUACGACAUGCAGAUGAUCGACGGCUCCUUGGUCUUUGUGCCCUACGACACCUUGCUCUACAGCCUCCCAUACCGCAACGUCACCUACCCGGCUCUGAAGAGCAACAGCAAGCUGCUGCGGGCCUACGACGCCGUGCUGACCGUCACCAUCGACUCACCCCAGAUGUCGUUCUACGAGGCCUACAGAGAGGCCAUGGAGACGGGGGAGGUGGCGAGGACGCUGAAGCCACAGCAGGUGUCUCCUCUCUUCGGGACCAUCUACAGUUCCGUCCUCUUCAUGGCUCAUGCGGUGCAUCGUGUUCGGCAGUCAGGGGAGUGGAUGUCUGGUGGCAACUUGGCGAGACACACCCACAAUCUGACCUUUCAGGGGUUCAGUCACACGAUUAAAACCAACGACUCUGGAGCAGCUCUGCUGGAAUAUCUCAUACUGGACACAGACGGACUCUCCUGGGAGCUGAAGCCAGUGUACAGGAUCGACAUGGAGGUCGGGAUGGUGCGAUUCCUGGGUCGAGACAUCCACUUCCCUCGAGGCUACGGACCCAGGAGAGACUCCUCCUGCUGGUUUACUCCUGGAGUCAUCUGCUCGGGGGGUGUGGAUCUGUUCACGACCAUCUGGAUGUUUCUCGGGGCGAUCUUCUUCUCUGUCGUCUCUGUGGCGUUAAUUUGCUGCGUCAGGCGACGCAUCAAUCAGAUUCUACUGGUCAAGGGUCCAAACAAGAUCCUACUGACUCUGGCAGAUGUCACAUUCAUAAACCCGUCGCUUAGCAACAAGCUGAGUCUGGACGACAGCAGAGCCAGCGGCAUGAGGAGCGUGUCGGACCACAGCGCCGCCUCACCAGUCUCCACCAUAACCCCGGCCACCUAUGAGAACUCCAAUGUUGUCAUUUACGAGGGUGACUGGGCUUGGCUGAAGAGACUCCCCAAUGGGACGUUCAGCAGAAUCAACACCAAAACCAGCGACGUGUUUGAACUGAUGAAGGACAUGCGUCACGAGAACGUCAAUCUCUUCCUGGGCUUCUUUCACGACUGUGGCGUGUUUGCCAUCGUGACCGAGUUCUGCUCCAGAGGAAGCUUGGAGGACCUGCUGCUGAACGACGACGUGAAACUGGACUGGAUGUUCAAGUCCUCUCUGCUGCUGGAUCUCAUUAAGGGUAUGAAGUACCUCCACCACCGCGGAGUGUCCCACGCUCGUCUGAAGUCCGGUAACUGUGUGGUGGACGGCCGCUUUGUCCUGAAGAUCACAGAUUUCGGUUAUAACGAGGUCCUGGAGUCUCAGAGGUUCCCUUACAUCGAACCCCCCGCAGAGGAGUUGCUGUGGACGGCUCCAGAGAUCCUGAGGAGUGGGCAGCCGGGGCUUCACGGGACUCUGACCGGUGACGUGUUCAGCUUUGCCAUCAUCAUGCAGGAGGUGGUGGUCAGAGGGCCUCCGUUCUGCAUGCUGGACCUCUCCGCUGCAGACAUCGUCGAGAAGCUCUGUAAGCCUCCUCCUCUGUGCCGCCCGGUGGUCAGUCCAGACUACGCUCCGUUAGAGUGCAUCCAGCUGAUGAAACAGUGCUGGAACGAGCAGCCGGAGAAGAGGCCCAGAUUUGACGAGAUCUUUGACCAGUUUAAAAACAUCAACAAGGGGAAGAAGACCAACAUCAUUGACUCUAUGCUGAGGAUGCUGGAGCAGUAUUCGUCUAACCUGGAGGAGCUGAUCAGAGAGAGAACGGAGGAGCUGGAAAUCGAGAAGCAGAAGACGGAGAAGCUGCUGACACAGAUGCUGCCUCCAUCUGUGGCAGAAGCUUUGAAAGUGGGCGGCACAGUCGAACCAGAGCAUUUUGAUCACGUGACGCUUUAUUUCAGCGACAUUGUCGGUUUCACCACCAUCUCAGCCAACAGCGAACCCAUCGAGGUGGUCGACCUGCUCAACGACCUCUACACCAUCUUCGACGCCAUCAUAGGAAACCAUGACGUCUACAAGGUGGAGACGAUUGGUGAUGCUUACAUGGUGGCAUCUGGACUUCCGGUCCCUAACGGCAACCGACACGCUGCCGAAAUAGCAAACAUGGCUCUUGACAUCCUGAGCGCGGUGGGAACCUUCAAAAUGAGACACAUGCCUGAUGUUCCUGUCAGGAUACGAAUAGGACUGCACACAGGUCCCUGUGUAGCAGGUGUGGUGGGUCUGACUAUGCCUCGCUACUGUCUGUUUGGAGACACCGUAAACACUGCCUCUCGAAUGGAGUCCAGCGGGAUGCCCUACAGGAUCCAUGUCCACGAGAGCACCGUGAAGGUCCUGCAGGAUCUAAAACUCGGCUACAAGUGGGAAUUAAGAGGCCGGACAGAAGUCAAGGGGAAAGGUGUGGAGGAGACCUUCUGGCUCGUGGGGAGAGAUGGAUUUACCAAACCUCUACCUGUUCCUCCAGAACUCAAAACUGGGCAAAUGGCUCACGGGCUGCAGAUGGCCGAGAUAGCCCAGUACAAGAAACGGAAAGCCGAGAAACUGCAACAGGAACAACUUAUAUUAGGUCUGGGGGUCACCAAUUCUGUCCUUCUCCAUCUUGUGUUAAUGUUGGGUUCCUCUUCACCCUUCUCCUCCAUAUCUCUCCAAAUCAGCAUCGCGGCAAAAGAGUCGAUGGAUGUGAAGCAGGUGUUUCACAAGGCGGUGAAGAAGAUCUCUCACGUCCGCGUCGUGACUCAGGUCAACGCAGCCGAAGACGAGGACAAUGUCAUGAUGUCUCACCACUGACUGACCCGUGGGUCACGUGUUCACAUGAACAGGACCCAACACGUAACUUUACCUCGGUACUUUCAUGGUGAAUCGUUCUGACAAACUCUGACAGAGAUGAUCUGCUGAGAAGAGUUAAAGCAGCAGGAGAGGGGAGUGGACGUGUUAGUUCAGAUUAACCAUGUGUGUGUGUGUGUGUGUGUGUUGAAUUGACGAGUCCUGUCUGUAGCUAUGUUUAGAGGCGGUGACUCAGCAAAGCAGGGAUCUGCAGAAACUGCCCGU